UCGCCUUUGCUACACCCCAGCUUUCUGAUCAUCCUCCGAGUGAUCCGGCUCAUCGCUGCUCUCUUCACGCCAGCUGGUCUCCUCCUCGUGUAAGUCAAACCAAGCUCACUAUAUGUUCUUCUAGAUCCAUAUACCUUGUAUAUAUCCCUUGUAUAAAUGUGAUAGCCAUGGUCUAUGGGUACGUAGUUGUUGAUGUGGUUCGCCCAUUCGUUGCCAUGAGUACAUUAUGUACCUAGAUUUGGCAGAUCAUAUGAGUACAUGUAGACACGGAUAUGUUGUUGUGAGGCGUUCUUAUGUUCCUGUACGCUUUUCAGUGGACCACACAUCAAUGGCGGCAGGAGGAGGAGGACUUGUGGUGCGUGUGUGGAAAGAAUGGGGGAUCCAGAUCUUGGUUGUCACCAGCUUCCUGCUUCAGCUCGUCCUCCUUGCCUUUGGUGGGUUCCGGCGGCGCAGUUCCUCUGGCGUGCUGCUGACCUUCCUCUGGCUGUCGUACCUGAUGGCCGAUAAUAUUGCGGUAUAUGCCAUUGGGCACAUGACCCUUGAUGGCAAGCCGCAGGAUGAUGCCGGGCUUGUGGCGUUCUGGGCGACCUUCUUUCUGCUCCACCUGGGUGGCCAGGACACCAUCACUGCCUUCUCCCUACAGGACAACCAGGUAUGGAGGCGCCACCUGCUGAAUCUCCUAGUGCAGGCAUGGGGAGCCGGCUACGCCAUCUACCGGUACACCAUACCCGGUACCUGGACCUUGGUCUCAGCCACCAUAGUGAUGUUCAUAGUGGGUUUCCUCAAGUACGGGGAGAGGGUGUGAGCUCUCCAAAGAGGCAACAAUAGUGACACUUUUGCUUUGUUGAAAGUUUACAUGAAAACACCUCGAUCGAGAACGGGCUCACAUC